AUGCUCGGCCACACGACGACCGACAUCGACGACAUCACGUCCAGCCCCAACUUCGAAAUAACAUCCACCCUCACAUACUCCCACGGCCUCCCUCCCAAUCCAGUACACACAUCAUCUCCCCAGCAAUGCUACCUGCUCGACUAUGCCGUUGAUCGUCUCCUCCUCGCGGCCAAGGAGUUGAAAUGGUCUCGCGUCGUCUCAUCACUAACUCAACCCAACGUAUCUGACAUCCUGCUACGAGAAAUCGAAAACCACAUCCACUGGGAGCACGCCGACGCUUCUGACCCAGAAUAUCUCUUUAUUGUUCGCAUUGCAUUUAAAAAGAAUGGCCAAGUCACUCUCAUGUCAGGCCAACGGCCGCACGUAACCGCCAUCCCUCUCUACCCAACACAGUUCCCUGCCCCUAAUAAAAAGUCGUCAAAACAAAUCCCAAUUAUACCGGUUUAUGUGGACGAUAGAUUCAUGGUCCCAUCACAAAUUACGCGCCACAAGACGAAUUAUCGAGCGCCCUAUUCCGAAGCCAGAGCUCGCGUUGGCUUGCACCCAACCACGCCAUUCAUCCAAGGCGAGGUGCUGCUGGUAAACACAGAAGGCGAAGUAAUGGACGGUGGGUUCACGACAAUUUAUUUCUGGAGGCAGGAUGAGGGUGGAAAUUGGGGAUGGCGAACACCGAGGCAGGAGAGUGGUACCAAGCUGGGUGUCACGAGAAGAUGGGCUUUGGAGAAUGCGGGCGUGACGGAAAUGGCCAUCAUGGCGAAAGAUGUCAUGGAUGGUGAGAAAGUUUGGUUGAGCUCUGCAGGCGGUGGCUUUGUCAGGGGAAGGAUUACUUUUGAGAGACAUUUGGCAGAUUCGUCUGCUUCCGAUGGGGGACUAUAG